GGGCGCGUAUAGUUGGCUGAAGGGGCUUGCAGUGCACAACGUUACGUGCUGUCGUCGGUUUUUUCUCAAAAUAUCUGUUUAUUGCAGUUUUUGUGGACACGUGAAGUGUAGGAAGACCGAGUUUUCAAAAUGCCGCGAAUUAUGAUAAAAGGAGGUGUUUGGCGAAACACCGAGGAUGAAAUUCUUAAGGCAGCUGUGAUGAAAUAUGGCAAAAACCAGUGGUCUCGAAUUGCCUCUCUGCUGCACAGAAAAUCAGCCAAACAGUGCAAAGCAAGAUGGUACGAGUGGCUUGAUCCUAGCAUUAAGAAGACAGAGUGGUCCCGUGAGGAGGAGGAAAAGCUUCUUCAUCUAGCCAAGCUGAUGCCUACGCAGUGGAGAACCAUUGCCCCCAUCAUCGGCAGGACAGCUGCCCAGUGCUUGGAGCACUAUGAGUUUCUUUUAGAUAAAGCUGCUCAGAGGGACAAUGAGGAGGACACAACGGACGACCCACGCAAGCUCAAACCAGGCGAGAUCGAUCCCAAUCCAGAGACCAAGCCAGCCAGGCCUGACCCUGUGGACAUGGAUGAAGAUGAGUUGGAGAUGCUGUCAGAGGCAAGGGCUCGUCUGGCCAACACUCAGGGCAAGAAGGCCAAGAGGAAAGCCAGAGAGAAACAGCUGGAAGAGGCCAGACGCCUGGCUGCCCUGCAGAAACGACGAGAGCUACGAGCAGCCGGCAUCGACAUCCAGAAGAAGAGGAAGAAAAAGAGGGGUGUGGAUUACAACGCUGAGAUCCCAUUCGAGAAGAAGCCUGCCCCAGGUUUUUACGACACAUCCAUGGAGAACUAUGAGCCCCUGGAGCCCAACUUCAAAAGGCUGCGACAACAGCAUUUGGAUGGAGAACUCAGAAAUGAGAGGGAAGAAAGAGAGCGCAAGAAGGACAAGCAGAAGAUGAAGAGGAAGAAGGAGUCGGACCUCCCAUCAGCUAUUCUGCAGACGAGCGGGGUGUCCGAAUUCACCAAGAAGAGGAGCAAGCUGGUCCUUCCAGCACCACAGAUCUCAGACGCAGAGCUGGAGGGUGUUGUGAAGCUGGGACAGGCCAGUGAGAUCGCGCGACAAACGGCCGAGGAGUCCGGCAUCACCAAUUCUGCAUCCAGUGCGCUGCUCUCAGAGUAUAAUGUUGCCAACAACGCCAUGGCUCUUCGCACACCCAAGACCCCCGCUGCACAAGACAAGAUCCUACAGGAAGCUCAGAAUUUGAUGGCACUAACAAAUGUGGAUACCCCCUUAAAAGGGGGCCUGAACACCCCUCUUCACGAGAGUGACUUCUCUGGGGUGACCCCACAGAGACAGGUGGUGCAGACACCCAACACAGUGCUUGCUACACCAUUCAGAACCCCAGCUCAUGGGUCAGAUGGUAUGACCCCUCAGGGUGGUCUCACUCCAAAAUCCACUGUUGGAGCGACCCCUCUGAGGACCCCCCUGCGGGACAAAUUGAACAUCAACACGGAGGAUGGUGCAGUGGACUACGCUGAUCCAGCAUACUCCAAGCACCUGCAAAGAGAAACCCGUGAGCAGCUGAAGAUAGGCCUCAUGUCACUGCCGCUGCCCAAGAACGAUUUUGAGAUUGUGCUUCCAGAGAACAUUGAGAAGGAGCUGGAGGAUCACGAUGUGGAUGAAAGCUUCGUGGAGGAUGCGGCUGAAGUUGAGCUGCGCAAACAGGCUGCAAGAAACGCAGAACGUGAGAAGGAAUUGAAGCAGCGACACACAGCAGUUCAGAGGAAUCUGCCCAGGCCCUCAGAGGUCAACGAGACAAUACUGAGGCCACCCAACAUGGACCCCCCGCUGACAGAGCUGCAGCAGGCAGAAGAGAUGAUCAAGAAAGAGAUGAUCACAAUGAUCCACUAUGACAGUCUGCACCAUCCUUACACCAGCAACCUGGCCAAAAAGGGAAAAGGAGUUGGUUCCGGGUCCAACAAUGCUGAGCACAUCGCCUACCUGGAGAAGAACUCCUAUGAGAAAAUCUCCGAAGAUGACCUGCACAAGGCGGUUGAGCUCCUGGCACAGGAGAUGGAGGUGGUGAAGUAUGGCAUGGGACAUGGAGAGCUCUCAAUGGAGGCCUACAACCAGGUGUGGGAGGAGUGCUACAGCCAGGUGCUCUAUCUGCCUGGCCAGGGUCGCUACACCAGGGCCAACCUGGCCAGCAAGAAAGACAGGAUCGAGUCGCUGGAGAAGAAGCUGGAGGUUAACCGAGGCCACAUGACAGCAGAGGCUAAGCGUGCUGCAAAGAUGGAGAAGAAGCUGAAGAUCCUGCUCGGGGGUUACCAGUCCAGAGCCAUGGGACUCGUGAAGCAGUUGGGCGACCUGUGGGACCAGGUGGAGCAGGCAGCGGUGGAGCUGCGCACAUUCCAGGAGCUGAAGAAGCAGGAGGACCUGGCAAUCCCACGUAGGCAGGAGUCUCUCAGAGAAGAUGUCCAGAGACAGCAGGAACGAGAGCGGGAACUGCAGCAGCGAUAUGCUGACUUGCUUUUGGAGAAGGACACCCUGCUGUCCUCCAAGUUUUAGAGCAAACACCUGAGACUGGGAGGAGCCUCGGUCGGUCCCGCGUGCGCUAUUCGCCGACCGCCAUCUUGGCGUGCUCGCUGUAAGAAGUGCUUCAGAUGCGCUGCUUCCUCUUCCAAUGCUACUGCUUCACUUACAGAUGUUCUACAUGUUCCAGCUUCAUGUGGAUCCACCAGUCUGUCCAUUUCCUGCUGUGUAACUGUUGUCUUUCUCAUGCUAAGAUGCAGUUAUGUAUAAAAACACCUGCUGAUACUGUGGUGGUGCUUUGUUAAAAGGAACGUGCUUUUUAUCAGAUAUUGACUUUUAAGUGGAAUCUGUCCUGUAUAAGUUGACCCCCCCCCCCAAGUACAUGUAGAGGUCUUUUAGAGAAGUGUUUGUUAAUUCAGCAGGAUUCAUUUUCAUAUGUGAUGUUCUCAGCAAUAUGAUAAUAGACUGUAGCGUCAAAUUGCCAGGCUUUAUCAGGAAAUCUUGAAAGUGAAAUGUUUUUUUUUUUAUGUUAUCUGCUUUCAGUUCUUAUACCCAGUGUGUGCACAGCUGCUGGGAAAAUAAAUCAGCUGAACUGUU